AGGCGGGGCAGCUGCUCCGCGCGGCGCUCGCUCGCUCGGCCCGCCCGAGGCGCGUUAGCUCGGGAAAGGCGGCGGCGGCACCGGCACCAUGCGCCCGUCCAGUGUCCUGCACCGCUUGGCCUCGCUACUGCUGUGGUUGAACGUGCUGGGCCGGGGCCGGGGCCAGUUCCAUGGGGAGAAGGGCAUCUCCAUCCCGGACCACGGCUUCUGCCAGCCCAUCUCCAUCCCGCUCUGCACCGACAUCGCCUACAACCAGACCAUCAUGCCCAACCUGCUGGGCCACACCAACCAGGAGGACGCGGGGCUGGAGGUGCACCAGUUCUACCCGCUGGUCAAGGUGCAGUGCUCGCCCGAGCUCAAGUUCUUCCUGUGCUCCAUGUACGCGCCGGUGUGCACGGUGCUGGAGCAGGCCAUCCCGCCCUGCCGCUCCAUCUGCGAGCGGGCGCGCCAGGGCUGCGAGGCGCUCAUGAACAAGUUCGGCUUCCAGUGGCCCGAGCGCCUGCGCUGCGAGAACUUCCCCCGCCACGGGGCCGAGCAGAUCUGCGUGGGGCAGAACCACUCGGAGGACGGCGGCUCCCCGGCGCUGCUCACCAGCCCGGCGCCGCUGCCCGGCCAGGGCACCCCGGGCGCGCCGCGCUACGCCACGCCGGAGCACCCGUUCUACUGCCCGCGGGCGCUGCAGGUGCCCAGCUACCUCAACUACAAGUUCCUGGGCGAGAAGGACUGCGCGGCGCCCUGCGAGCCGGCCCGCGGCGACGGCCACAUGUUCUUCAGCCAGGAGGAGGUGCGCUUCGCCCGGCUCUGGAUUCUGGUCUGGUCCGUGCUCUGCUGCGCCUCCACCUUCUUCACCGUCACCACCUACCUGGUGGACAUGCAGCGGUUCCGCUACCCGGAGCGGCCCAUCAUCUUCCUGUCGGGCUGCUACACCAUGGUGUCGGUGGCCUACAUCGCGGGCUUCGUGCUGCAGGAGCGCGUGGUGUGCAACGAGCGGUUCCAGGAGGACGGGUACCGCACGGUGGUGCAGGGCACCAAGAAGGAGGGCUGCACCAUCCUCUUCAUGAUGCUCUACUUCUUCAGCAUGGCCAGCUCCAUCUGGUGGGUCAUCCUGUCCCUCACCUGGUUCCUGGCCGCAGGCAUGAAGUGGGGCCACGAGGCCAUCGAGGCCAACUCGCAGUACUUCCACCUGGCCGCCUGGGCCGUGCCGGCCGUCAAGACCAUCACCAUCCUGGCCAUGGGGCAGGUGGACGGGGACCUGCUGAGCGGGGUCUGCUUCGUGGGUCUGCACAGCUUGGACCCGCUGCGCGGCUUCGUGCUGGCCCCGCUCUUCGUCUACCUCUUCAUCGGCACCUCCUUCCUGCUGGCCGGCUUCGUCUCGCUCUUCCGCAUCCGCACCAUCAUGAAGCACGGCGGCACCAAGACCGAGAAGCUGGAGCGGCUCAUGGUGCGCAUCGGGGUCUUCAGCGUCCUCUACACCGUGCCCGCCACCAUCGUCAUCGCCUGCUACUUCUACGAGCAGGCCUUCCGCGAGCACUGGGAGCGCAGCUGGGUCACCCAGCACUGCAAGAGCCUGGCCAUCCCCUGCCCGCUGCACUACGCGCCGCGCAUGACCCCCGACUUCACCGUCUACAUGAUCAAGUACCUCAUGACCCUCAUCGUGGGCAUCACCUCGGGCUUCUGGAUCUGGUCCGGCAAGACGCUGCACUCCUGGCGGAAGUUCUACACCCGCCUCACCCACAGCCGGCACGGCGAGACCACGGUGUGAGCCGGGCGGGCCAGACCCGGAGGGGAGCAGGCCGAGGGGGGCGGGGGAGGAGGAAAGUAUUUAAAACUUUUUUAUUCGAAUC